CCGUUAUCUACUUGAUAAGACUGCAGUUUUGAAUCACUUUUGAUGGAGGGCAGUAAAUAUAACUGGAUGUUACUUUUGUUUCUGAUGUGUUUACAAACUUGUUCAACUGCAAACGCUAACACUGUGCAAGGGUAUCUCGGAUGUUUCGAGGACUCAGGUUACAGACUGCUGAACGAAAGUCUACGAAGUUCCUUUUCGAAUACCGGCGAAGAGUGCAAACAACGAUGUGAGAGAGCAGGUUUUAGAUAUGCGGGAACUGAGUAUAGGAUCGAGUGUUAUUGUGGCAAUUCAUUCAGUCAUAAGACGGAGGUAUCUGGAUGCAACAUGUCGUGUCCUGGUAACAGUAUGGAAUAUUGUGGUGGGGGAUGGCGCAUAUCUCUCUACGACAAUUGGAUGUCUGCUACGAGUUCUAUGAGAGCGACAAAGCAUAUGACAGCAACACACCAUUUGACUACGACAACAUCUACAAAUAAGGUAUCUGCAACAACAACAACAACAAUAACAACAUCAUCAUCAACAACAACAACACUGACGACGACAUUGAAAGUAACGACAACAGCAUUAAUAACUGAAACAGAAUCAAUCUACAGACACGGAAGGUCUGCACAAGAAAGUGGAAGUGACGACAGUUCGCACGGCACAGUCUAUAUUUGCGUUUCGGUUGUUGCUAUCUUAACACUUAUCGCUAUCGUCACUAUAGUUUGCUGGUAUAAAAGGAGAAGAAAUCACCGUGGAGAUAAAAUAUCAGUGAGUUGUCAGGAUGGGCAAGCAGAUGAUACUACAGAAACAAAAAAUUAUGAAAACCAGCAAACUUCAAGAUAUGUUGAAAGGUCUGAACCAGGAAAACAGGUGGAUUCAAAUAUCACUGAUUACAUUUAUGAAAAUCAGACAAUUGCAAAACGACCAGAUCACAACAAACAAACAUCAGCAAAAUUGAUGAACAAUAUUGUAAAAGACAAUAUAUAUGAAAAUCAAAUAGCUUCAGAUCCAAUCCCAGAACUUGGUAAAGACAAGCUUGAAUAUAACUAUGAAGUAUUACAAACUGAAGGGAGACUGGCUGACGAGUAUCUCACUAUUGAUAAUGUAAAUCAAAUUCAGUAUUAACCCUUAUCAUGCUGGACAAGACUGAUUCUGCAUUUGCGACAAAUGUAGAUCAUGGUCAGCUGUCUGAUCAUGAUCUAUAUUGUUCGCCAUUCGGUCAGUAUCUUUUGGUAUGCAUCCCUUUUAACAUUUAACGGUACUGUCAGAAUUGAAUGAUGACAGAAAUUUAGCAGGGUAAGGGUCUAUAAAACAGGGUUAAAUGUUCAUUAACAUUCGAAGAGGUCAAGUACAUGUAUAAUUACUUUGUAUCUUAUAUAUGGUGGCAUAUUUUUGCCUCGAGAUAGCGAAGAAGCUGUCACGUUAACAUUUAGAUAUUCUAUUUAUUUCCUUAACAUAUUUAGCGUAGAAGUUCAAGUUAGUGCUUGAAACGGCGACCAGAUACUUAGUAGCUACCACGAAAAUAUUCUAAACUUUCCAGCAAAGUUGUGAAAUUGUCUGAAAACAGUAUCGCAAAAAUUUAUUUUUUCUAUACUAUGCUUUUAUUUCCAAGAAAUUUUAGGCAAUUGAGAUAAAGUGUUCAGAAAAAUUCGCUUUACCUAGAUAAUACUUGUAAGUUAUCUCGUAGCAGAAAUAUGCCACCAUAUGAAAUCUUUAAAACAAUUGACUGCUUUCAUGAAACUUUAUUUAAGAAACGUUUGUUUUAUAUAUUUACAGAUAUUUCGAGAAAUGUUUUGAAUUUCCUAGUUCACACGUAGAAAAAAUUACAAUUCACGAGAACUUUCAUUUCCAUGAACACAUUUAACUUUCAUGAAAACGUAUGUCUCUUAAAUCUCACCAUUUCGCACGCGCCCCGCUAAUUAGCUUGAUUUCGUCCCGCAUCAACGCUGUUUACCGAGUUAUCGACCAGCGCGACGGCUGAAUAGCGAGUUUUCGUCUAGACUUACAAGUCUGUUGAGAUCAAAUAAUCUGUAAUAAUAUUAAUUUCUUCAUACUGACAUUGAUAUUUUCUCAGAAAAACAUUUUCUCUCUCAACAGAGACAGAGACAAGAGAUAUUGUAAUUAUUUUCAGAAAGUAGUAUCAGAGAGGAUUGAUUUUAUGGCCAGUAAUGACUCUAACGACUGAUGCUAGUCUAGUUUUCGCCAAGCACCUCUGCUGUUAAACGCGUUUUCCUGUCGCAACCCAACCGUUAAAGUCUUAAAUCGCGCCAAAGUAAUGCAAAGUAAUUUCAAAUAGCGUAUUGUUGCUGGCGAACAGUAGGUGACAUAAGGUAACUCACAGUAAUUACUUUCCUGCAGAAAAACAGUAAACGGCCUGGUCAUACCUUAAUUGUACGGUCAAAGGAAAAUGGCGGCUAUGUGGUGCCGUUUUACGUUUAAAGGCACCGACCUCCAGAUUUUGGCUUUAAACGAUCUUUCUUUAAAAUUGAAGUUUGGUUAAAUUGUAAACAUUAGAACAUUAGUUUUUGUUUCUAAACUAUUUUAAAAAUGCCAAAAUCAAGAAAAAACAUGCCCGAAUCGGAAUUCGGACCUAGACCGCCGCUGCAAUAAAAUUUUCCAUCGUUUUUGACCAAUACCACGGAGGAAUACAUAUUAAACGGCGGUUAAAUGUAAAGCAGUUCACCUCCUAUAUACCCAAUUACACUUGAACACUUUUCAUUUUUGAAUGGAAAAUUAGUAAAAGCAAUUAACUCUUGUGUGUUUCCAUAUCAUAUGAUCCGUCAGUAACUAUAUAGUAACAAUUUCCUGAUACCUAUAUUUUCUCUUUUUUUUGGUUGCCUUAUGAGCUCUAUUUUAGUAUUAGCGAGGUUAGGCACCCAACAUAUACUGGCUGGAGCUUCCGACUGGGGAUUUUGCCACUGGCCAUCCCUGAGCGCUGCCCCACUUUGUUACCCAUUAUUUCAUUCAGUUUGGUCUACUUGUCUGGUUAUUUUGUUCUUUUUUUGUCUAUGUGUGUGUGCGUCCGCUUGAACGUGUCUGUGUCAGUGCGUGGUACUUUCUUUUGGUAAAUAAACUUAACACAUCAUGAUGACCAAUUAAUGCAAUAUUGCUUAUACUUCUUGUAUAAUAACUUGAAGGAAUGUGCCAGUUUGCGUGGUUAUUACGAGCACUGGAAAACAGAGCAGGAUGUACUUAGCCGUACUCCUUCGAGAUUAUAAACUUUGGCAAUGGAGUGAUUAUAAGAUAAUAAAUAGGUUA